AUGUCUUCCAUAAAAUACCGUCAUCUGAGCCGCGACUCGGCCCACCGACAAGCUCUCCUCCGCAACCUGGUCACAUCCCUAAUCGCGAAUGAAGCCAUAUCCACGACUUAUGCGAAGGCCAAAGAAACCCAACGGUUAGCUGAAAAGCUGAUCACACUGGGCAAGAAGAACACAAAUGCAGCGAGACAACGGGCGAAGUCGAUUUUUUAUGAACCAGAAAAACACAUGGACAAACUAUUCGAAACGCUGAGAAAACGCUACGAACUCCGACCAGGCGGAUACACACGGCUGCUGCGCCAGGAGCCGAUCCGAGAAGACCAGGCGCCGUCCGCAAUUCUAUCGCUUGUCGACGGCCCUCGCGACAUGCGCUUUAGCAUGACUGCCAAAGCCCUCGUGCGGCAGCGGCGCGAAGACCUGCCUAUGAACGAGCUCAUGGCCGUGAAUAUUCGCAAAGUCACGCGAUUCCGAGAAGGAGGCGAGGCGGCGCUGGAACAAGAAGUCCAGCGUCUUGAGGCGGAUGAGAAGGCGCAGGAGCAGUUGGAAAAGGAGGCGUUUGAAGAAGACGGCACGCUUUACGAGUGGGUGAGAGGUGAGAAGGAUCGGGAUACUAAUGCUACGGGGAAGGAGAAGAAAGGGCCAGGCCGUUUGAGGAGGCAGAAGGUGGAUGAGGAUAAACCAUUUAGUAGACCGAGAUCGAGAUCAGUGUGA